CAUUGUCGGUCAAGGAACGUUGUUCGUAGAUAGAUUGCGAUUCAGAUUCGGAUUCGGGCGGGGAUGCACGUACAACGACAAAUCGAAUUUGCGGGGGUUCCACUUGUAGUCCUCGUUAUCCAAGCGUAUCGUUCUGAAUAUUUCCAUCAUCGUCGUAGUCACAUUCUUGUGGGAGGGCGAUUUUGGAGAUUUCACUGUAAAUCAAAAUUUAUGGUACUGUUUUUGGCGUGAACUUUUCGAACGAACAGCAACAGCAUACCGUCUCUCCUUGUCCUCCCAGUCAACCCCUGGAUCAUCCACUACCUACCCACCACAGAAUUUUUUAAACUGCGCAGCUUGCGUUAAAAAUAGAAGUUUAUACAAGAUCGAUUUUUGGUUUGUCGUCUAAAUUGCUAAGGAAAUAAAAUCAGAUCCAAAAAGCACGCUCCUAUCAGACAGUCAGUCUGCUUCCACCCCAGUUGGCAUCAUGUCUCUCCGUCGCUCGGCGUCAAUUCCGGCGGAGCUCUGGCCGCGGUACAAGUUUUUUUCCGACCCGACCACGCAAAGCCGACUAGAUGCGGACCCAAAGAGGCUGGCACACAUCCAGAAAGACCCCAGCACAAUAAAGUGGGAAAGACCCUCCAGUCUGGUGGAAGACGCGAGCUGGGACAAGUACAGCAUUUUUUUCAUCUAGGCGCUUCUAGCCCUGGUGUAUUUUUCACCGCCUGGCUACCUAGGGAGACAAAAUGACAGUAAAUUACCUUUCGUCUCCGACCAAGACCAAUACUUGCGAAAAUUGAUGUAGUAGUGGAAGAAUAUCACUUUGGUAGAAGGAGGAUUCAUCUCCAGGACGAGCUAGUACGCGCUCGCGCUUUAUACUCUGAAAGGUCGGAUGGACUUCUGUAAAACCGAAAGAAAAAAAACCCUUAGGUACUACUUUUUCUCGGACCCGUCAAUCGGAAGCUCCGUGCACACCACCGCGAGAAAAGGGCGCAGUCGAGUUGCGGCAAACGGGCCAAAUACCUUCGGACCGCAAUUUGUGAGCAAGUUUACGCCCCCUCUGGAUACCAGCAAAAAGUACAUUUUUUUUUGUUGCAUAAAGGACUGAUAGAUCUGUUGAUGUAAAGCUGUCGCCUCGACAUCGACCGCGACACUGCGGGGCGAAGUUCAUCUUGAGAAAGAGUCACGAUGGUCAUGGUGUCAAGCAUGUUUCGAUCUCAGGAUCAGUUGUAUGCGAAAGAAAUUAAGUAGCCCUCGGAUUUAUUUCUCCAUCACAAUACUACAUUUUUCACCACAGGCUGGCAGCAACAACGCACGAUGCGACAUACAAGGACCUGAUGCCGCGCGUGAUUGAGGAGAAGGCACCCGAGAAGAGUAUUUGCCCCCACAUCUUUCCCCAUGGCCACGUUACGAUCGACAAGCUGUUCGCCAACCCGCGGCCGCAGGGACCGUCCGGCCGGGCCAUGAUCAUCUGAAAAUCUCCGUCGCGGUUUUUUUUGUAACGUUUUAUGAAUGUUUCUUUCUCGGUCGUCCAGAUGUCUCUUUCUCAUUUAAGUGACCUAAUGCGCCACGGUGAUGUAGAUGAAAAGGACUGACUCAACAGUAUAGUAACGCCUACGGUAGUACUUCUUUGGAAGGCCGUAGUGCCAAUCAUACGACAAAAUUGGCUCGAAGAAGUAGAAUACGUACUACAGUAGCAGAGUAGAAUAACUCAUUCAUUGUACACUAGGAAUCCUAAAGCUUGCACAGGACUAUUGGAUUAACUUACUUUGAUUGUCAGUAGCAUUACUUGAUGCAUCCAGUAUCGUAAUGUACAACAAGAGGAAGCAACUGCUGGCCACCGGCGCACAGGAAUAUUGGAUAAACUUUGUUCUCGGCUGCCCAGCGGAGAGAGGGACGACCACGACCGCGAUCUCUUUCGCCGCAACUACGCUUAUGUCGGAGAACGUGACACGAUAGAAACUUGAUGUCCUAUUGUGCUUUUGCCAUUGAUUUGUACUCUCCAUAAUUUCCUCGUCCUGCACCAAAAGACGCUACGUACUGCGAGCCCCUUUUCUUUCACCAGUUUCUGACAGUUAUCAUGCGCUUUUUGUUUACCAUUUCUAGUUACCUCCCCAUCGAUGCUAUGCUCGGGCACCCAACACAAAUUGACAGUGCUCAUCCUUCGUUGGAAGGACAGUACACGAUAGGCUAGUACCCAGGUGUGAAUACAUAGGAGCUAUCAUCAAUCUAUUUUAUCAUGAUGCGAUCAAAUCAUGAUCAAGAUCGUUCCAUUUUUUUCUGGGGUCAAGCUGCCCCGUGUUCUUCAC